AUGAGUUUGUACAACUUUAAGAAGAUUGCUGUGGUUCCCACUGCUAAGGAUUUUAUCGAUAUCAUUCUAUCGAAAACGCAAAGAAAAACGCCAACAGUUGUACACAAGCACUAUAAAAUAACUCGUAUACGUGCCUUCUAUAUACGAAAAGUGAAAUUUACACAGCAAAAUUUUCAUGAUCGAUUGUCAAGGAUUAUUCAGGAAUUUCCAAAGUUAGAUGAUGUUCAUCCAUUUUAUGCAGAUCUUAUGAAUGUACUGUACGACAAAGAUCACUACAAGCUUGGUCUCGGUCAACUUAAUACGGCUCGACAUCUUAUUGAUAAUGUUGCAAAGGAUUAUGUGAGAUUGCUUAAAUAUGGUGACUCCUUGUACCGUUGCAAGCAGCUUAAACGAGCCGCCCUGGGUCGGAUGGCGACCAUCAUGAAACGUCAAGCUGCAAACCUUACAUAUCUUGAACAGGUUCGACAACAUUUAGCAAGGCUGCCGUCCAUUGAUCCGUACACGCGGACAAUUAUUAUUUGCGGUUUUCCAAAUGUCGGCAAAUCCAGCUUCAUAAACAAGAUAACGCGAGCUGAUGUGGAAGUACAGCCCUAUGCAUUCACCACAAAGAGUUUAUAUGUGGGACACACUGACUACAAAUAUCUUAGAUGGCAGGUGAUUGACACGCCAGGCAUCCUGGACCACCCACUAGAAGAGCGCAACGUGAUAGAAAUGCAAGCUGUCACAGCAUUAGCACAUUUGAGAGCUGCAGUGCUUUAUUUCAUCGACCCCUCCGAACAGUGUGGACACAGUAUUGAGGAACAGAUAUCACUGUUCGAGAGCAUAAAGCCGUUGUUCAGUAACAAACCGCUGAUUGUGGUACUUAACAAGAUUGAUGUGGUGAAACCGGAAGACCUGCCUGCACCCAAGAAGCAGCUCAUUGAGCAAUUGGAACAAGCCUGCGCUCAGGGCAAUUUAGUCAAUGCAGAUUCAAACUCUGAGCUACGGACAGUUCCGGUGAUGCGCAUGUCAACUAUCACAGAAGAAGGCGUCCAGGAAGUAAAGAUUGAGGCUUGCGAGCGGUUGCUUGGACACCGUGUCACAGAGAAGAUGAGGAGUAAGAAAGUGGACGGGAUCCUGAAUCGGCUGCACGUGGCGGUGCCAGCUCCUCGCGAUGGCAAGGAGCGGCCGCCGGUGAUCCCGCCCGCCGCGCUCGCCAAGCAGCAGCAGAGAGCUGCCCGGGAAGCUCGCAAGCGCAAGCUGGAGAGGGAGAUCGAGCUGGAACAGGGAGACGACUAUGUACUCGAUCUACAGAAGAAUUACUCGGAGAUCCCGGAGGAAGAGCGACACGACCCAAUCCCAGAGUUCUGGGAGGGACACAACAUCGCAGACUACAUCGACCCGGAAAUCUUCGACAAACUGGCUGAGCUGGAGAAAGAGGAGGAGCUACGUAUCGCCGGUGGAAUGUACGCGGUGCCUAAGAUCGAGCUCGACGAGACCAUGCGCGAGAUAAAAGACCUGGCUCGACAGAUCCGCAAUAAGAAGGCGAUAUUGAAGGACGAGUCUCGUCUGACUAAACAGUCCACGAAGCCCAUAAUGCCCCGCACCAGCCGUGCGAGAGGAAGGGAACGCUCCACAACACGACUGCGAGACGAGAUGGAGAAACUUGGUGUGGACAUGUCGGACACGAAGCAGGCGCACUUCACUCGCACUCGCAGCCGCUCGCGCUCGCUGUCCGCGCCGGCCGCCAAGCGCGCGCGAGCCGACACCUCGCGCUCCGUCAGCCGGCCGCCGCGCGACACGCAGGGCGUCAAGGACGUGGCGAUGCAAAAGAAGGCGAAGAACCUCGCGCAUGUGGCUAUCGCGAAGAAGACGAAGAAGAUGGGUCUGAAGGGAGAAGCCGAUCGCUUUAUCGGCACCAAGAAACCCAAGCACCUGUUCGCCGGCAAACGUGGCAUUGGCAAGACAGACAGGCGAUAA